GCUGCUCUUUGGCUGCACUCUCGCUCCAGCUCCACGCACGCAGAUGUCAGCACACUUUCCCAAUCUGUCACUUUAGUGAAGUGGACACGUUCAGGGACGAAACCAGGGACGAAACCAGGACUGGACACCGCAACACGUCUUUUCCCCACUCCAGAGGCCCGAACUCGGAAUAGUCUUUGUCCUAGAGACUUUUUUCUUACACCUCUUAACCUUCAAACACUCUUGACUUUUUUUUUUCCUUAUUUGACAACUGUGGAGCUACACCCGCGCUCCCGCCGUGUAACUGACGGGGCAAUGCUAACCCGCUAGCCUCACUGCUGCUCACCUGCCCUGGGGAUGUUUUACACUGCACCCGCGCUCAUCCGACACUUUUAACGGGUUUUUCUUUUAAUCUGAGCAGGGACACGGUUGGCCAGGGCCCUGGAGGAGCCAUGGGACUACACCCGCUGGAGUUCAGUGAGUGUUAUCUGGACAGUCCCUGCUUUAGGGAGAAAAUCAAAGCGCACGAGGCGGAACUGGACAAAACCAACAGGUUCAUCAAAGAGCUGUACAAGGAUGGAAAGAACCUCAUCAAUGCCACUAAACAGCUGGGCAUGGCGCAGAGAAAGUUCGCUCAGUGUCUGGGAGAGUUUCAGUUUGAGUACAUUGGCGACGCAAAGACAGAUGAUGAAGACUGCAUUGAUAAGUCCUUGCAAGAAUUCUCGGCAUUUCUCAGGAACCUGGAAGACCAAAGGGAGCUGAUGAUGAGAAACAUCACUGAAACGCUAAUGAAGCCCCUGGAGAAGUUUAGGAAAGAGCAGCUUGGAGCAGCCAGGGCAGGAAAAAAGAAGUAUGAGAAAGAAACAGAGAAGUACUACAGCUCUUUGGAGAAACUUUUGAACAUGUCAGCAAAGAAGAAAGAGCCCCAACUACAAGAGGCUGACGGGCAGGUGGAGCAGAUGAGAGGCCAUUUUCAAGAGGAAUCACUGGACUACAUUUGUAAACUACAGGAGAUCCAGGAGAGGAAAAAGUUUGAAUGUGUAGAGCCGAUGCUGGCCUUCUUUCAAACGGUCUUCACAUUUUACCACCAAGGCUUUGAGCUUGCUAAGGACUUUGACCAUUAUAAACGAGAACUGCAAAUAAAUAUUCAAAAUACGAGAAGUCGCUUUGAGGGAACCAGGUCAGAGGUGUAUGAACUGAUGAAGAGGAUCAGGGAGGCCCCACAGGAGUACAGACAGACCAGUCCCAUCAGCUGUGAAGGCUACCUCUAUGUGCAGGAGAAACGGCCGCCUCCGUUCGGGUCAAGCUGGGUCAAACGCUACUGCACAUUUGUCAAAGAGCAGAAGAUCCUACACAUGGUGACAUUUGACCACAGAUCUGGAGGGAAAAUUGGCGAGACUGAAUCCAUCACCUUGAAAUCCUGUGUACGCAAAACCACAGACAUGCUGGACAGGAGGUUCUGUCUAGAGCUGGAUAUUACAGACAGACCAGGAACAGUGCUGACAGUACAAGCUCUAUCGGAGGACGACCAGAAGUUUUGGAUGCAGGCGAUGGGUGGGAAAGAGCCUACCGGGCAUUAUCUAGGAAGAACUUAUUCAAAAGAAAGAGGAAUUGACGCACAGCUGGAUGACGUGGGCUUGACUUUCGUGAAGAACUCCAUUAACGCCAUAGAAAAGAGAGGCAUCAAUGACCAAGGCUUGUACAGAGUGGUCGGGGUCAGCUCCAAGGUCCAGAAGCUUCUCUCACUUAUGAUAGAUGAGAAGAGCAACGAUGUGGAUCUGGCUGCAAGUGAGGACUGGGACGUAAAAACAAUAACUAGUGCAUUAAAGCUUUAUCUAAGGAGCCUACCCGAGCCACUGAUGACCUAUGGACUGUACAAAGAGUUCAUCAACCCCGCAAAGGGCGGGAGUCCGGAGUCUCGCAUCCAAGCCGUCCACUGCCUGGUCCACAAACUGCCCGAGAAAAAUCGACUAGUCCUGGGGCUCCUCAUGAAGCAUCUGGCCAACGUUGCCGCCCACAGUAAGCAGAACCUGAUGACCGUAGCCAAUCUGGGCGUAGUUUUUGGUCCCACGCUAAUGAGGCCUCAGGAGGAAACGGUCGCCGCCAUCAUGGACCUCAAGUUCCAGAACAUCGUAGUGGAAAUCCUCAUUGAGCAUCACGAAAAGAUUUUUGCAGAUGCCCCGGCCUCGUGCCCUCCCUCACCUGCGCAGCCCGUGUUCACCGCUCCCACGAGGCACUCCAAGAAGCAGAGCCGACAGAGCAGGCCGCUGGCAGUCUACAACCCACAGGUCCUAGACAUCCAGAAUGUGUCCCCAGUGACAGACAACGCGGUGGCCGGUCUAGCCUCCGAUGAGACGUCCAUGGGCAGUAAUGAGUCCAUGUCCUCUCAGUCCUCGUCUGCCUCCGCCUCCGAGACCCCCACCGACAAGAGCGACCACACCUCCCUGUCCUGUAGCCUCAGCUCUGGCAACAACUCCAAGAUGUCGACAGCAGCCACUUCCUGGUCCUGUCCCACAUCAGAGAGGUCCCCCGCAGCCCCGGACAAAGAUCCGCCUGAGGAAAGUGUCAGCAGCAGCAGCAGAAAAGCCAUGGCAGUGUACCCGUGUGAGGCCGAGCACGAGUCGGAGCUCUCCUUCCAAGUUGGAGCUAUAUUCAACUCCGUGACCCUGUCCAGGGAGCCGGGCUGGCUGGAGGGCGAGCUGGAGGGCAAGAGGGGCCUCAUACCAGAGAACUAUGUGCAAAUGCUGUAGCGCCACCUACCUACGGACACGAGGAACUGCGGCCAGAUGCCAAUACCAAAAGUGACAAUGUUCUCUGCGAGGAAAAGCUAAACCAAGGACCUAGGAUCAUCAUCGGACAUAUUGGUUAUUUUAUUAGAUUUAAAGUUGUUUUAGUGCUUAUAAACAGGUAGCCUCCAGGUAAGCACUUGUCCUUUAGAAAAAAAUCUGUAGUCUGUUUUUUAUUAUAAGCAAGGCCUCACAAAUGCAAAUGGAUUAUGGAAGUGCUUUGACAAUGAUUUACACAGAAUAGUCUUCAGCUGAACGCCCUGUGCCUUGUCCACCACAGCGAUGUAAUGUAUGUACAGCUAUACAAAUGUAUGAGGAAUUUAAUUAUUUAAAAUUUUUCUUUUAACAAUAUUCACUGGCAUGUUACAUUUCAGUUAAUAAUAUGGCACUUGUGGAGGAGACACAGCUAUUUAUUUAUUACGGCGAUAACUGUACACAAAUGAAAGGGUGAGGUUUGGGUUUGUAAGGUGUAAUAACUGUAUUUAUGGGAGAAUGGUCACAUUUUUAUAUAACGCUUUUCCACCUUCACGGCACUCAGAGGGCUUUACAUCAAGGAAUCACUCACCCGUUCACACACAUAUUCACACACACGUUCACACACCGGUGUUCGCAUAUAAUGGGGUGGGUUAAGUGUCUUGCCCAAGGACACAACAAUAUUCAUCUGUUGGAGCUCUACCGAGGAUGUUUUUGUCGAGAGCAGGUUUCGAACCGGCAACCUCACUGUCAGAGGAUGAACGCUCUACCUGCUGAGCGACUGUGACCCGUUUAAUAAAUUAUUUAAGAAAAAAGAUGAAAGUACCCAUCAGCUAAAAUUUUUAUAACGUAUUGUAUUUGUAAUUUUUUUUUAGAAUUUUAAAUAAUUACAAGUAGCUUUUUCAUCACCACCGCCUUCAUUAGCUUAAUAUUUACUUAAUUCAAUCCACAUUUUUAUUAGUCCCUAUUCAUAUCUCUAUCUCAGUUUACUUUUAAUUACAUUUAAAAAGCCCCUGUGUAACUUUUCCGGUUGAGGCUUCACUACCUGCUUGAUUCCAUGGAGACUACAGUUAUUUUUAUUGCUAAAAUGAAAAUGCGUGCCCCUCUAGAUAUAUUUAUUGCCAUUCCAAUCGAAGUAAUAGCAUCCGGCGCUUGACCCUCCACCAGAAAAAUCCCAUAGUGUUGCUUUAAAUAACACCGGGAUGGGUUGACGACUCCACAGUUGCCAUAUUGUUACGACGCUGUAAUAUAACCUGCUAUUUGAAUUUUAAAUAUGAGGCACAUUGACGUUUUAUGUUUUUAUUUAAUUGGCACAUGAAUGCAUGGGUUUUGAAUUGUAAAAACACUUUGUUUUUAGUGCACUCCAAAAAGGCAUUUAUGAACCAAACUUUAUACCCGUCAGAUCUUAUAGCCUAUUGCAUGUCAUCUUCUUUAUCACAAAACGCAUUAUUUUAACCAGUCAAUUAAACGUUUUACAAUGCAGUAUAAUUUUAAGUACAUUUACCAAGUAUAGUUAUUACCGUUAAGUUUUGGAGCUGUUUCUAGUUUUAGCAUAAAGCCGCCAUGUCACAGAGUGUAGCAUAGCGCUGUUCACAAAGACAGUUUAAUUUCUCUGAGAGCUUUUGGUUCAGCCGCUUGUUUGUUUGGAAUUGUGGUUGCAAUAAUUUAAGACAUUGAUUUAUAACGUUUGUAAAAGACCUUGACAUCACCUUCAUUUUUAUACCUCUGGGUAUUCUUUUGAUUUAUGUUAAACAAAUAAAGUUUUUGUUCAUUA